GCGCUCAGGGCACGGGCCCCCGGGGUGGGGUGGGGGGCCUAUAUAAAGCAGGGAGCGCCCAGGAGCUGCACCUCCCAGACGGGAACCCAGAGCAGCUCUGCCCAGCCUGGCCCGGGUCCAGCCGCCCAAGCGGGAGCAGACCCGCAGCACCAUGCGGAGCCCUUACUCCCUGCCCUACCUCCUGUUCCUGCCCCUGGGUGCCUGCUUCCCGGUGCUGGACACAGAGGAGCCCGUGGACGCCGUGGGGGGCACCGGACGUGAAAUGAGUUGGACGGACCCAGCGGGGGGACACCCCUUCUCGGGGGGCCUCCCUGGGUGGCCGAGAGCCCCACACCCACGCGCCCUGCUCGUCACGGCCAAGGAGCUGUGGGCGGCGGGCAGGGCGCGUGCCGGCCUCAAGCUGCGUCUCAGGAGGCAGGACAACGGCAGCGAGGCCACCGGCCUCCUCCUGGGGGAAGCCGAGAAGGCGGGGGGCCUGUUGGGGACCCUGGCUGAGGAGCUCAAUGGCUACAGCAGGAAGAAAGGGGGCUUCAGCUUCCGCUUUGGCCGGGGGUGA